GUCCCUGGAGCGCACUAUAAAACCUGCACGGGUGGCGCUCGCUGCUCAGCCAGACCUGGGUGAAGGGGCAGUCCCGUCUCCAACUGGUAACAGCCCCAGCAGGCAGAACAUGAGCGCGUUCCUGCGAAAGCGAUGCCUCUGCCUAGGCUUCCUGCUCCUCCAACUCUUAAGUCAAGUCUCUGCAACUCUGCGCUGCCCGUCUCGGUGCCCGAGCCAGUGCCCCAGUAUAUCACCGACCUGCGCCCCCGGGGUGCGCUCGGUGCUAGACGGCUGCUCCUGCUGUCCGGUGUGCGCCCGCCAGCGCGGGGAGAGUUGCUCUGAGAUGAGACCCUGCGACCAGAGCAGCGGUCUCUACUGCGACCGCAGCGCGGACCCCAACAACGAGACUGGCAUUUGCAUGGUUCCAGAGGGAGACAACUGUGUGUUCGAUGGGGUCAUUUACCGCAACGGAGAGAAGUUUGAGCCGAACUGUCAAUACCACUGCACCUGCAGAGAUGGGCAGAUUGGCUGUGUGCCCCGCUGCCAGUUGGAUGUGCUUCUGCCGGGUCCUGACUGCCCAGCCCCGAAAAAAGUCGCAGUGCCCGGGGAGUGUUGCGAAAAGUGGACCUGUGGCUCAGAGGAGAAGGGGACACUGGGAGGCCUGGCCCUUCCAGCCUACAGACCGGAAGCCACCGUAGGAGUCGAACUCUCUGACUCCAGCAUCAACUGCAUUGAGCAGACUACGGAGUGGAGCGCAUGUUCCAAGAGCUGUGGAAUGGGCUUGUCCACCCGGGUCACCAACAGGAAUCUCCAGUGUGAGAUGGUAAAACAGACUCGUCUCUGCAUGGUUCGGCCUUGUGAGCAAGAGCCUGGGGAAGCAACAGAUAUGAAAGGUAAAAAGUGUCUCCGGGCCAAGAAGUCCCUGAAAUCCAUCCACCUCCAGUUCAAGAAUUGCACUAGCCUGUACACCUAUAAGCCCAGGUUCUGUGGGAUCUGUAGUGAUGGCCGCUGCUGUACGCCCUUCAAUACCAAAACCAUCCAGGUGGAGUUUCAGUGUUUGCCAGGGCAAAUAAUCAAAAAACCAGUCAUGGUCAUUGGAACCUGUACCUGCCACUCCAACUGCCCUCAGAACAAUGAGGCCUUCCUCCAAGAGCUGGAGCUGAAGACGAGCAGAGGAGAAAUGUAACAGGUGCCCAGGGAAGUGCAUUGGUUGAGGCAAACUGUUGCUGUCACAAGGCCCGCCAUCACCUGUAUAUAAGAAACAUAGUGAAGGAGUUGUCCCGUGUAUGUUUCUGUGAUCAUAUGAGGUCAUUUAUAUUUGUCUCUGUUUUUAAUGAAAGCUGUUCCAAAUGUAAACUUAGAAUCAAGAUAAGCUCAGGAUAUGGCUUAGGGGUGACUUGCUUUCCUGUGCUGUUCAUUACAAGUGCAAAUUUGUGUAAAUUUAAGUCACAUAGAUGAUCUAGUUGGUAGAAUGUGUCACAUCACACUCAUUUUCUGUACACUAGUUAAAUCCCAAUAAAUGUUACAGAAAUGAUUGGCACAGUGAAAUCUAAGAUCAUGUUGAACAUGUACAUAUCUCUCACCAUAUACUGAGGUUGACUUGAGGGAUCUCUACUGAGCUCCUUUUGGGGGUAGGUCAACUUUGUGCUUUCAAGUGUAAAAUCAAAGGAAGCAUUCAGCUCUUGAACAUGAAGUUCAGAGACUGAUUUUCUACUUAGUACGCUAGGAAACGUUCUAUCACUAUAGCACUGAAAUGUCUGGUAAUUAAGUGGGCUGGUGUCAUGAACUUUCUCCAUUGUAGACAAACUGACUCCUUUCCAAUCGAAAGAAGCUGAACCAAAACCUCCCAAUGCCGAGAGGACGGGGCCUCUCAGCACAUGGUUUGUAUCCCAGAGGCUGCCGAGGCCCACUUCUGCAAAAUCCAACAGGGAUUCUAUCAUAGGUAAACAGUACACUGAAGACCAAGCCACCUCAUUUACAAUCUCUGGGGACUUUCAAAUGUGCUUUCAAGGCAAUUUUGAAAAGGAAGAGCAGAAUCUACAAAAUUUUAUGAAAGUUUACAGUUACUGAAGACCUGCUCAAAAUACAUCCUUUGGUCACAGUUAUGAAAACACAAGCUAUACAUGUGUACCUAUGUGUGUUUGAUAGACAAAGUUCAAAAAAUAUGCUAAAAUAAUACAAUUUGUACAUCGCCACACGAGCUCCACUUUUCUCCUUAAAGUAUUUAUGAAAAUAUAAAUUAUACUUUGUAAAAUAUUCUCUUUAAUUUCCCUAGUUGUUGCAAACAAACUUUAAAAAAAAUACAAUGUUAUCAGUACGUGACUCUGGUCUUAGUUUUGUGUUACCAGUUUAAUGUUGUUUACUGAAAAUAAAAAUGCGUGAAUUAAG